AUGUCGUUGCUUGAUUUACCGAUGCCCCUAACGGAUAUCGAAUCAGUUUUGGCUUGGGUCGAUACUUUUAAAUUGUCCAGACCUACGAAGAAGAUUAACAGGGAUUUUUCUGAUGCUGUCCUUCUAGCCGAAAUCCUAAGCGUGCACUAUCCGAAGUUAGUGGAGAUGCACAACUACCCACCGAGGAACAGUCACUCCUUGAAGCUGAAUAAUUGGAUGACGCUAAACAGAAAAGUUCUGAAGAAGCUCAAGCUGAAUCUGUGCAGUAGUACGAUGGAUCAGCUGGCUAAUAGCGCGCCGGGGCUCAUCGAACGGGUCCUCGUUAUGGUUCGAGAAAAAAUUAGAAGGGAUGAAGAUGUAAAUAAAAGCCUUAAGGAAGCUGAACAAAACAUGUCCAGCGGCGGUAGUUAUUACGAAGCUUGUGGAGAUGACGAAAACAUACUAGUCGUUCCUGUUAAAACAAGAGUUAACGGUGUGCUAGAAAGUAUUCAGAAGAAAGUAGUCAGCUACGAUUCUUACCUCGCACUCAAAGAAGAAUUAAAAGACGCUAAAGAUUCCUCUGACGUUUUAAAACAAAAGGUUGAACAUUUAGAUAACUUACUCAAAUUAAAAGAAGAGAGAAUAGAAGAAUUACAAAAGCAAUUGGAAAGAAAACAAACCAGACGUAAAGAAGUUGAGGCUCUUCAGAAUAGUCUGUCGAUUCCCUUCGAACCUGAGCCACCUUCUCCUAAUAUAAAUGACCUUGUAAAUGUACCGAGUAGACCAUUAUCAUUAAAGUCAGUUGAGUCUACUGGAAAAUUAUGUAAAGAAGAAUCUAGAAUACCAAUUCCUAUAACUGAAAUAAAGUCCAUGACUAAACCUAGCAUUACAGAAGUCACGACAAAAGACUAUGCUGAUGAUCAAAUGGCUAAUGUUGAAAAAGUUAAGUCAGAUAUUUUUAAGGAAAUUGAAAUAACAGAUGAAAAAAAUUCGGACGGUUUUCAAGAUACCCAAGAUUUUGACCACGAGACUGAAGCAUUUGUUAAUAUCGAAAGCACUAUGCAGAAGGAAGUAAGAGAAAUGUCAGGAUGA